AUGGGGGCAAGGCCGAUCACGCCUUUUCUGCGGCGCUAUUUGAAGACGUACCAUGGCGGCGAGACCGACGAGGAAUGUAUUGCUUUUAUGGGAAAACAGCUAGAUGCCAUUCGGCUUCAUCGAAUCAAGAACGAUGCCCCGGUGGAUACUAUGGGAUGUCACAUGCUGGCAGAUUUAAAUGCCCCAAAAGAAGACCAACAAUUCCAAGCACUCGUUGGCGCAAUGCUGUCCCCACAAACAAAGGACGAGGUCACCUUUGCUGCUAUGAAGAGAUUUCGAGAUAGGGGUUGUACGGUCGAGCAAGUGCUAAAGAUGAGCGCCAGCGAGUUGGAAGACGUUCUAAAGCCCGUCGGAUUCUACAAGAAAAAAGCCCUAUACGUGCUGGAAGCUGCCAAGAGAUUGAAAGAACAAUACGGAAGCCAAGUGCCCGAUUCGGUGCCCGAACUCUGCAAGUUCCCAGGUGUCGGGCUGAAGAUUGCAAAUUUGGUCGUGCAAACAGCUCAUGGUCGAGUCGAUGGAAUUGUUGUCGAUACGCACGUCGAUCGCAUUUCAAAAUGGCUCGGCUGGACUGAGGAAAAGUCGACGCCUGCCCAAGUCGGACAAGCACUUGAGGCACUGUUUGAAAGAGAACACUGGGCGGACAUCAACAAAUUAAUGGUCGGCCUGGGCCAGACCACGUGCAAGGCGACAAAGCCCGACUGCGCCAACUGUAAAGUGCAAGCGCUGUGCCCAAAAUCUUACGUGCCAGGAACUCGGGUGAUCAGUUCGUCAGAAGCAACAAUCGAUAUAGAAGACGCUAUUAGCACGGAGAAACCCAUCGCCAAGGCCCGGAAGCGCCCCGAAAAACCUGCGGCCAACCCGGAGAAUGUUGCCUCUACUCGACAAAAACGCCUUCGCAAA